AUGUUUGGCGAAAUUACCAGCAGCAAGGAGGAAAAUGCAGUCGAACUUGUGCAACAUCAGAGAGGGAACGCGAAUUUACUGACCAUAAAGUCAGUGGUUCGAACCCGAUCCCUGCACCUCGAAUUCCCCUGUCUAGCCUUGGGCAACCUAGCAGUAUCCCAGCUCUCGUGCUUGCUUCUGGUGGCAUGGCAGUUAGGCACCGAAAGAACGCUACAACUGAAUCAAGGCUUGGGCAACCUGACAGUAUCCCAGCCCUCGUGCUUCCUUCGGGUGGCAUGGCAGCUAGGCACCGAAAGGGCGCUACAGCUGAACGAUAUUACUAAUCAAACCACACCCAGCAUUGCAAACGAAGAGCCGCCUCUUUUAUUUUCACCCACCCGCUCCGAAUAUGCACAGAACCAACAAUCACUGUUCAAACCCCACCAGCCUUUGAGUCUCCAUUCAGACUUAAAUCUAGACAGGGGAGAAAUCGUUCAGCUGUAA